AUGAGCAACACUGCUGGGUUCGGGGGUGGAGCAGCAGCCGCUGCUGUGUUUGAGAUUGAGGUAGCUAUGGCGGCGGUCAUUGAAACUAAGCUGGGCACUGAUCGACUGACCUCGCUGAAGAUCUCCAACAGGUCGCCAGAUGUCAAGUUUAAGUGA